AUGGACCAUUGUGGUGGAGUCCCUACUGCUGAGGAGUUCCAAUUUCUACAAGAUCACUUUGGUUUUUUACUGAAGCAUGGUGUAAUGAUUCUGGAAAAAGGAGUAUCGAUCUACGAUCGUCCUCCAGGAAGAACUGGAAAAGGUAAUGGAUUUGGGUUGACCAGAACCACGUGGGGGCAUGGUUAUUGUAGGAAACUAUACUUUCCUAAAAGUCUCCCCAAGUUUUUUGGGGAGAAUAUGGUUCUCGGCAGACGGCUAGGGAGUGUUACUAACCGUGGAGAGAACUGGGAAGACUUUAAUCUUGUUGCUAAUAGUAUGAGUGCCACCUGGAGGGCUCGUAGGAAGACAGCGUAUAUGUUCGCCGUGCGGAGGACGAGCUUUCUUUGGAGAUGGCCCUGCGUGGUCGCUAUCAAGUAUGAGUGCCGGAUGGAGGGCUCGCAGGAAGACAGCGUAGAUGUUUAUUGUGCAGAGGUCAAGAUUUCUUUGGAGAUUGCCAUGCGUGGUCACUAUCAAGGAAAGAUUUGCCAUUGGGAUAUCGAUCUCAUAGAGGUUCUUCCACCCCCUGUGUCUAAAAGGUGCAUGCGGGAGCUUGUUGGGCUGCUCUUGUUAGAAGGAAGAAAUGCGGGAAGAAGUAAUGCGCCUACUGGGAAAAGGCGGAGCUUGUGUUUGGUGGCAUCUUCGGAUGAAGAGACGGAAUCCGAUGAGGCGGGUCUUCAUCCUUGUAAGGCUCAUAGGACCGUGUCUGUGGCCAGGCUCCUUGGCGGUAUUUGGGAUAUUAUCGGCAGUCAAUUUGUUGUGCCUAAGCUGAGAGAGGUGGUGGUGCCUAGUUCUCCUAGGGAUUCUCUUCAACGUGAGAAGCCUUCUAUGAUCAAUAAAGCAGGAACUUUAUCCCACUCCCCGUAUUUUGAGGCCUACGCUUCAAGCUGGGCAAUUAAUAGGGAUUCCUUGAUGUCGGAAGACACUACUGCCUAG